UUGAUAAACCGGCUCAUUUUUUUCCGGAGAAACGAAAGUAGAGCAGCCGGUGGGAUUUCUUGCCAACUGAAAAUAAAUAUCUCAAAUUUGCCUGGUCUUCCCGCAGCGUGCCAGAGAGAUGUGGAGAGAGAUCAACAUCGUCAUUUCCUUUGUCUUUCUCUUGGUCAACACAUCUGUUGGGCUUCAGAAUGGCGACAUGAGGCUGGUUGGGGGCCGGUCUCCUAACGAGGGCCGUGUGGAGAUCUACUUUGAGGGAGCCUGGGGAACUGUGUGUGAUGACAGCUGGGACAUCAACGAGGCCCAGGUGGUGUGUCGUAAACUCAACUUCCGUGGGGCCAAAUCUGCUGUUGCUUCGGCUGCCUAUGGUCAAGGGUCUGGCAGGAUUUUAAUGGACGACUUGAAUUGCCAAGGCACAGAAAAAGAUCUCUCCGCCUGUGGAUUCAGGGGCUGGGGGGUCUCAGACUGCAAACACAAUGAAGAUGCUGGUGUAGUCUGUGAUAAAGAAAAAAUCCCACCCAAGAGGACCAUUCAGAAAUACGACGUGAACUACGAGACAGGACUUUCUAAACAGCUGGGUAUGUUGUUUGACAGCGGACGCGACUGUGACCUGGACAUCAACGUGGUGGUCGACAACGGCACAGUGGAGACCAUCUGUGCUCACAAGCUGAUCCUCACCCUGGACCCAGAUGUCUCCUUACCGAAUAUCUCACAGACAAACCUCAGCAUCAACGUGCGCUCAGAUUGCCAUAAAUAUGUCUCCAGCUUUGUGAGGUACAUUUACACUCGGCAGAUAAGCAUAGAAGAAUCCUCUGUCCAGUGCAUUCACGAGAUGGCAUCUGACUGGCAUCUGAAACAACUGCAGCAGCAGUUGGGGGACCUGUUCAACUGGGUUCUCCCUAAAGACCCCACCUUCAAGACCCAGACCUCUCUCUAUGAAUACUCAGUCCGCACAGGCGACAAAGUGUUGCAGCAGAACUGCCUGUGCUACUUGGCUUGGAACUGUGAGGCACUGAUUCAUUCCCCCGUCUGGAAGGACCUUCCUGUGGGCACUCUCAAAGCCCUCCUGUCUCGCUCAGACCUGGUGGUGCCCUCUGAGGCCUAUGUCAUGGAAGGCCUGGUGAGUUGGGAGGCAGCCCGGGGUCAAGCUUUCACCUCUGAAGACCUUCUGAGGUACAUCCGUUUUCCUAUGAUCACAGCCUUAAACUUGUACAAGCUCAAAGGCUUGCGCUACCAGGCAGGCAAGCUGCAGGGCUUUCAGUUCAAUGCGCUGCCUGCUGGACAGCUGUUUGGGGAGCUCAUGAGUCAAUGGAAAGCAUACACCCCCAGGAUCUACACAGAAAGUCCAUGGAGCUCUUCCUUCAGCACAGAACAAGUCAGCAGCUUUCUCAACAAUGGGUACUACAUUGCGAGAGGCAAUCGCUUUCAAAGUCUCAGCAGCUCUUUCAAUACACCUGUUCACAACAGUGCUUACUUUAGCCUCUCUCGAGAGAUGGGUUGGACCACCCAGGUGCUUGUUAGAAAUCACGAGUGUAAUAACAUCGGCACCACCUGCCCGGCAGCGAGGCUGUCACCAGGCAACACCAAUUUAGGUCUUUCCCCAGAGUUACAAAAGAGUAUUAGUUACCAGAACAAGAUUGUAAUCACAUGUAAUGGGGAGUAUGUGUUCCACAUCCAGGACUUUGGAGAAAACAAGUUCAUGAGCCUCAUGUUGGGGAACAGCAGCCAAGGUCAGCCUUACCCAUGCCACUCAGGCCAGUACUCUUACCAGACUGUCAUCAGGCCUAAAUACUACAUGACAGGGCUGAACCGCACAAAAGAGGAGGAAGAGGCGUUUGAGCAAUAUGAGGACUUCCCAUAGAGGUCUGCUAAUACGUUGUUUCUCCGGAAUUUUCCAAAUUCUUUCCUAGUUGUCAUUACAAAUUUGAAAUGUAUAUUUUAUUUUUUUCGUGUUUCCAUUAACUGACGAUGACCCACGCUAUCCAUGCAUUCUGUUGAUAUUAUGAGAUAUAUAGGUACCACUUUACAAUAAGACUACCCUUAAAAAGGAUUUAUAAAUGGUUUAUAAUUAGGUUAUUAAUUCGGUUGUAAACACUUUACAAAUGAUUAAUAAACAAUUAUAAACAAGUUAUCACGGUUUUCACACAUCAAUGCAGGCUCACUAUUUGGCAAGAUCAAGUUACUGCUGCACUUUUUAAUCUAUCUAUUCGGUUAAAUCUCAGAUCUUACUGGUUGCUUAGCUUUCUUCAUCUUGUGCCUUUAUCAGUCACCAUGUUAAACUGUCACCUCCAUCAGAUAUUAUGUAGGCUCACUAUUUGGCAACCAACAGGUCACUGUUGCCCUUUUUAUCUAAUGUGUUAUAACAGCUUAUCAAUGAUGUGUAACGUGUUCACAACCUAACCAAUAAAGUAAAUAUAAACCAUUCAUAAACCCUUUACAAGGUUAGUUUUAUUGUAAAGUGGUACCGAUUUUUGUGACACUAAAAGACCCCCUUGAGCGAAAAAAAAUUGUAAUCGCUUUGUCCGUGAUUUGGGACACAUGCAUUGUUCCCUAAUGAUUGACGAGGAUGACAACAUGAAACACUUAUGACUUAAUUAAUUAGGGGUUAAUGGUCACAAGUACUUUCGUAGGCCUAAAUAAGAAAUCAAUGAUAAUAAAAACUCUGUUGUGAAGCAUUUAUUGGGGUGGAGUUAAUCGAUGUCUCAUUUGUUAUGCUGAAAUUUAUCAGUUUUCCCCUUCUCUCUUGUGCACUGUCUCCUGCUCCCUCCUUUCAAGUGAUUAUGAUCCCCUAGAUAUACUGUCGGUGCUUGGAACAAAUUAAUGUCUGGACGUCCCAGAAUUUUCUCAAAUUAAACAAAGAUAAAACUGAGAUGUUUG